AAUUUAAAAACCGCGAUGGGCACACUUUUCAAAUUUUUAGAAACCAAACAAUAACAUGAUAAUAUAAAUAACAUUAAACUAAUGGAUAAACCAGAAGAAACAGUCGACAAUGAGGAGACAGAACUGCCAGCUCCCACCACAGCUGCCUCUGGGCAAAUAAAGGCCAUUGCCAAGGAUACAGUCCACAAAAUUUGUUCUGGCCAGGUGGUGCUCAGCUUAGCUGUGGCUGUCAAGGAGCUGGUGGAGAACUCAAUCGAUGCGGGAGCCACGCUGGUAGAGAUUAAACUGAAAGAUCAGGGCCUCCAAGGAGUAGAAGUCAGUGACAAUGGAUACGGCGUAGAAGAAUCCAAUUUGGAGGGCAUGACUGCCAAGUACCACACGUCCAAGAUACGGGAAUUUGUGGAUCUCCUCGGCGUGGAAACGUUUGGGUUUAGGGGAGAGGCUUUGAGUUCCCUCUGCGCUCUAUCCGAUAUGGUCAUCCAAACCCGACACAAGAGCACCGACGUGGGCUUAAAAGUAGAGCUGGACCACGAAGGUAAAAUAAAGAAACGCACUCCCUGUGCUCGAGGAAUCGGAACUACGGUUACCCUCUCCAAUCUGUUUGUAACCUUGCCCGUCCGACGGCGGGAUUUCACCCGCAACAUCAAGAAGGAGUUCACAAAGAUGUGCCAGAUCCUGCAGGCCUAUUGUCUGGUCACAAAGGGCGUAAGGAUUCUCUGUAGCAACCAGACACCCAAGGGCGCCAAGACUGUAGUCCUUCAGACUCAUAGUGCCCGGGAUGUGCUGGCCAAUAUUUCAUCGAUUUUUGGAGCCCGUCAAGUAGCGGAUUUGGUGCCACUAAAGUCACCCUUCGAAAAAGGCCAUCUAAGCGAGGCAGGAUUGCGUGCCGAUUUGGAGUCCUCCGCAGAUGCGGCUGAUACUACCCUGACCCAGUUCAGUGCCGAAGAUGUAGAGAGACUUAAUCAGGCAGAUUUCCAACUGGAAGGCUUCAUUUCAAGUUGUCGCCAUGGCGCCGGGCGCUCUAGCCGAGAUCGUCAGUUCUUUUUCGUCAAUUCCCGACCCUGUGAUCCCAAGAACAUAGCCAAAGUCAUGAACGAAAUCUAUCAUCGCUAUAAUGUCCAGCAGCAGCCGUUCAUUUAUUUAAACAUCGUGACCGCUCGCUCCGAUGUGGAUGUGAAUCUGACGCCGGAUAAGCGGCAACUUCUGAUCAACAAUGAGCGGAUCUUGUUACUGGCUCUCAAAAAGUCCUUGCUGGACACUUUUGGCCAAACUCCAUCUACGUUUCAAAUGCAAAACACGACCAUUGUCAGUAUGUUUGAGCCAAAAACAGUGAAAAAGGAGGAAAAGGUGGAAGAAGUCAAUGAAUCGAGCAACAUAUUCCAGGAGGAAGAGGACGAUAAGUUGGUUCCCGUUUCCUCGACGCAGCGAUUCAUGGAUGUGCUUACUCAGUGGCGCAGGACUGGGGACACCCAAGGUACAGCUCCCAAAACCUCUAACAAGCGCCGCUGCACCGAAGCGGAGGAACUGGCCAGCCGGAACAAGAAAAUGCAGAAGAUUCAGGAUUUUCUCACUCAGGAACCGCCCAAAGAACAGAGUGUGGCGGACAAGUCGGAAUGUCAAGAAGAAAGUGUUGAAGGAGAUCUAGAGACGUCUAAAGACACCAAGGAGCAGAGCAAACUAAAUGAUAGUUUCUUAAAUCUUAAAGAGCUGGAAAAAGAAUCUGAAGCCUACGAUUUGAUGACCCAACCGGUCAAGGCAGCUAAUGUUGUUUGCAAAGUCCUGACACCUUUAAAAACACGACGUAGUAUAGCAGAAUUCAAGCCUGAGACAAAGGCGGAGAUAAAAUCCAGUGAGAAAUCCGUAGUCCAGUUAGCUUCUACAGUGAACUUAAACGUAGAACCUCCAUCGCUUUCGCAAUCAACCGAUGUAACAGAGGAAGAUGACUACGAUGAUGGUAUUGAGUUGCCUACACGAAUCGAGUUUGACAAGGAGGAGGAGGAUCCGGAUCAAUCAAUGUCCAAGUAUGCAUCAGGAGAACUACGUACUUCGCUAGAGGAGAUAGCCUCCAAAAUGAAGGCCCACGAGGAGGAGCAUCGGGAGCGGAGAUCACGAGCCAAGCUACAGAGAUUGCGGUUCAAGAGUGAAAUUAAUCCAAACCAGAACAAUAAUGCUGAAGCUGAACUCCAGCGGGAGAUUGGCAAGGAGGACUUUGCCCGCAUGGACAUUAUCGGCCAGUUUAACUUGGGCUUCAUCAUCGUCAAGCUAGAGGAUGAUCUCUUCAUCGUGGAUCAGCAUGCCACCGAUGAGAAGUACAACUUUGAGACCCUGCAACGAACCACUCAGCUGGAAUACCAGCGAUUGACAGUUCCCCAAUCGCUUGACCUGACGGCCGUCAAUGAAAUGGUUCUUAUCGACCACCUGGCAGUGUUCGAGAAGAAUGGCUUUAAGUUCGAGAUCAACCAUGAUGCUCCUGCCACCAAAAAGAUUAAACUUUUGGGCAAACCGCACAGCAAGCGCUGGGAGUUCGGAAAGGAAGACAUUGACGAGCUAAUCUUCAUGUUGCAGGAUGCACCCGAGGGCACCAUAUGCAGACCCUCAAGAGUACGUGCCAUGUUUGCCUCGCGGGCCUGCCGUAAAUCCGUGAUGAUUGGCACGGCCUUAAAUAGAACCACCACAAUGCGGCGGCUUAUCACACAAAUGGGGGAAAUAGAACAGCCUUGGAACUGCCCCCAUGGCCGACCCACGAUGCGCCACCUCAUAAACAUAGCCAUGAUAAUGGAUGACCAAGAUGAUGAAGAGGAGACUGACAAACUCGAGACAAGCCAGCACGAAAACCAUUGAGUAGAGCUUAUAAAUUAGUGUUAAGAAUCAAGUUUGUUUCAGUUUUUGUAUUAAUUUUUAUUUAACUUUCCGUUUGAGCCACUAAGUAUACGUCAUUGUUCUGUAAAUGCUUACUUGAUUAACGAUUAAACGACAGGAUCAGACUUAAAACUAAAGACAAAUACAAAGGUUAUCACUUGAGUAUGUCUAACAAGCUA